UACAGGAGACCCAAGCUGUGCUGUCUUGCUUUUCUGAUUUAUCAGCACAAUCCGAGAACUCUGAAAUCUCUCCUUGGCCUCCGUCUGCUGUUACUUUAUCUCUCUGAGGCUUGCAGGCUUGUACCUAAUUGCUGCUUAGUCAUAGCCUGGGAUUCCAAAAGUACAUGGAAACGCUGCAAAACAUGCUCCUGAACAGUGCAUGUGCUCUGCACCAUGGAGCAAAACCUUGCCAACGUGUCUUUCUUUUUCAGGGCAGCACCAGUAGCCCCCAGUCCUCAUUUGUCCAAAUGUCAGGUUCCCCCACCCUGUCUGGCUACUACGGGAUGAGGAGACCAUUUGCCUCCGAACUGGACUUCCACGGCACAAAGCAGCUCCCCAGCGAGGUCUACGCAUCCCCGCUGGCAGCAAAGCCCUUCCCGGGAGACUCCUCUGCCGUCCAAGGGUACCCGCCAUUGCUGGACCCCUACUUCAGCGACCAGUACGGGGACUAUCGCACCCCGCCUGGCACCAGCUCCCUCUUUGGCACCUCCUCGCUGGCCCCACUCCUGCCGCCCUUCCCCAACGACCAGGCACAUUUCCUCAUAAGAGACUCCUGGGAGCAGACCAUGCCCGACAGCCUCAACCCCCCGGACAUCACCUGCUCUGACUCCCUGCAGACGCUGUCGACCGCAACCAGCUGCCUCCCCCAUGAGAGCAGCGGCGCUUCCCAAUACAGGGGCUCGAGCUGGAGCUCCUCACUCCCCGGAGCCCAGUCCUACUCUCUGCACGCUCUGGAGGAUGUCCACUAUGCAUCCGGGUACCCCGGCACCUCGCCCUACUCCUUCCCAUCCUUUAUGACUGUACCCAAUGACCUGACUCCCAAGAUGAUCCAUCUCUCGUCAGACGAGGUCUCCGAUACCACCUCCCUUCACGACAACUCUUCGUGGGGCAAAGAAGAUGGGAGUCCGGUCUGGGGAACGUAUGAAUGCAGGCGAACCUACUGAAGGAGGGCGCUGGCAUGAAAGACGACUCAAACUGAUGUACUGCUUGUAGGAUCCGACCUGUAGUCGGUCAUUCAGCGCUGAGGAUAAGGAACUUCCUUAACAGGCCUGGAGGCAGGAGUGCUAGGAGGGGUUUCAAAUGAAGGACAAGGCCUGUGUUUGAAGCAGCAUGUUGCUUUCUGCUCUGUUUAACUAUAUCAGUGUCAGGGUUCCUGGGUAGCUGAUAAACGGGGUCCGUGAUCCACUACCCACUUGAAGUCAAUGGCAUUUGUGAGCUCAGGCUUAGGCCCAAUUUGGGAAAGGGGAAACCUUAAAGAUCUGCGUGGUCAUGGCGUUCUCUGGAGAAACGGGGCUCGGGUGCGGCUUUGUAGUGCUGGUGACACUGUGUCUGCAGGGACUCGGCAAAGAGGGCAGGGAGCCUUUCCAGGGCACUUCUGUCUUGCAUAGUGCUCUCUAAGCAGACAGAGCCGUGACCUCCAAACCCCACUGCCCUGGCCUGGGGGAUUGCUCUGGGGGGGCGGUCACGAGGAGCUUUGUUCAGACGUACUAGGCCAUGACAAAUAAACCGGUACAACCUAAACCCAAGUGCAGAGCACUGUUUAAGGGAGAGCUUGAGGCCUUGUGAAGGGCAGCCCGGCUUCUGUUGAUGUCUACCGACAGUGUGAACUGACUUCUGACAGGCCCAGCUACCCACUGCCAUAGGCAAACACAUAACAAGAGAGACGCCCCACUUCCAGCAGCUGGAAUGGUCCCCCAACACGUGAAUGGUCAAUGCACUUCCACCGGCCUCUGCCCAGCUGCACAGACCAGGGCCCACCUUUCUCCCCAGGCCAGAGGCAAGAGCGCGUGGCAGGGAAAUGGUCCUGCUCUGCCACCCAACAAUGCGAUGCACAGCCUCUUGCCAAAGCCUCUAGCUCUUUCCAAGCCUGUCCCCUUUGCACUGCUACCGCCUGCCGGCGAGGUGGGCAUCAGGGCUCCUGCGUGACCGCUAGAGGGUGCUGCUCCCACAUGCAAGAACCACGCGUGGCCCUGUGCACAAGGCGCGAGCCCCGGGCUGGGUCAGCAGCUGCUUCCAGCUGCACCCAGCAGUCGUGUGGGUUCCUCAAGCAGCUGCUGCCCCUGGGAGCCAUACAGCCACAGGGAGUGAUAAGGAGGACAAGGGCCGAGACACCAGCUGCUUUGCUCCCAGGUGCACUGUUGGCUUUACAAAAAACACUCACCAGACCAAAGGGCGGGCACACUCCAGCAGACCUGCACCCUGGCUUGAGGCAUGGGGUCAUCCGCACCCCGUCCUGAUCAUCCUGGGGGCAGGCAGGGGGGGCAGUGCUGCUCUCCUCCACACCAGCCAGCAAGGGACACCCUCCAGGAUCUCCAGCACUCUUGCCCUUUGCACCCUGAGCCCCCCAGCCUGGCACCCCUGCUCCCGUGCAAGGGAGUUGCUUGCUACAGGGCUCAGCAACCGGUCUCGUUUCAUCUGGGCAGCUGCGGCCUUUGGUUCGCAGGGCAACCCCCCAGCAACUCAGACAUCUCAAUCGGGCCCAAAGAAGCCCAGGCAGUGCCCAGCACCCUGAGAUUUCCAAUGGGCAGUGCCCUCCCCUGGCAGCCGGCACCAGCAGCCAGAGCUCUGGCUCCCUCCUGUCAAUCUGCCACACGACCCUGAAGGAGUAUUUUAACCGUGGAAGUGCCUGCUGCUGUGGUCACAGCGGCACUUUGCCCGCAGCCCCUGCUCUCCAGCCAGCAUCUCUCCUUGGUUCUGCAAUACCUUGGGUUUUAAAUGGGGUCUGCGCGGUGGCUGAGACAUGCUGGUAACAGAGCCAGGGAGCCUGCACGGCCUCUACUGCUGCAGGCUCCCCCAAAACCCAGCAACCCUGGAAAACCCUCCC